CAGCAGUUCACCAAGUAAACAAACAACUGGGGAAUGAAGCAGCAUGAGAAACAUCUGUGAGGUUUGGAACAUAAUAUUGACAAUUACGCUAUGGUGCAUUACAGCCACUCAAGGAUCACCUGUUUCCGAAAUUGUAUCCUUGGCCUCAUUAACCUCUCAGGAAAUGAGUAGUUAUAUGGACCUAUCAGUGGAUCCCUGUGAAGAUUUCUACACAUUUGCUUGUGGCAAUUGGGCCAAAAUACAUCCGGCAACCGAAACAGAAGUGGAGACCAAUAAUUUCCAAUUGUCGGUACAGCAAUGGAGAAAUUAUACUUUGAAAUUUCUAUCACACCAAAGAUACGAUGAUACCGAGACGGAAAGAAAGGUGAAAUAUUUCUAUGAAUCCUGUUUGAAUAUCACGCAAGGGGACGAGUAUAACAAUAAACUCAGACAGCUGUUGGAAGAGUUUGGACAAAUGCCUGCCCUAGCAGCAAACAAGUGGCAGGACAAAGACUUUGAUUGGCAAAAGCUUGUGUCUGAAAUCAAAUACAACUAUGAUUUGAAUAUAAUAUUGAACUUUGAUAUCCAUAUGGACCCGGAGCAAAUCAAAAUAUAUCGCCUUGGAGUGCGUCAGGCUAAAUUCAAGAACAAAUCGUUUUACGAAAAUGAAGCUCAACGUCAAAAAUAUGAAAAAGAAAUGGCCAAAAAUAUGAAAAACUAUUUGAGUUUAAGUGAGGAUUUGGCUAAGAAAACCUCCGAGGAGUUGGUUAACCUGGAAGCCAUGUUGGUGGGUAAUUUCACCUCCGAUGCUUUGGUGCAAAGCUAUUACUACGAAUUAAGUUUGGAUCAGCUGCACAAUAAAUACACCCCCAAUUUGGAUAUUAAGAGUAUGGUAAAAACCUGCUUGGGUUCAUAUCCCAGAGGAUAUGUUUUGGAGUAUGACAGCAAAUAUUUGGAAAAUUUGGGAGAAAUCAUCAAAGCCUUCCCCAAAAGGAUUGUGGCCAAUUAUAUAUUUUACAAAUUGUUGGAAUCAUUUGUGCCUCCCUCAUUUUCCCGCAAGGAUAACGAAGAGGAUCGUCAGCGUAAAUGCCAUGGCCAAACAAAAAAAUAUUUUGCCAAUGUGCUGGACAAUAUGGUCUAUAAAAAGUCGGAUUUCCAAAUGGCCGAAGAGGAUGUGAGGAGCAUUUUUCUGGAUCUACAGGCUUUCUAUGAGGGUGCUUUGGCCUCGGAGACCUAUUACAGUUGGUUGGAGAAAACCACCCGAAAACUGGCUGUGGAAAAGCUACGUGCCAUGAAAAUCAAAUUCAAUACUUAUAAGGAGGUAGAUUUUGCUCAGGACUAUGGUACCUUGGUAAUGGAUCCCCAGGAUUAUGUGACGAAUUUGAAAUUCAUCUACAGUGCAAAGGCUGCAAAGCAUAGGGCCAAACUGAAUGGUCCUGUCAAACCCUACUAUGACAGUUUGAAAAUGUCCUUUACUCCCCAAUAUGUGUUUGCUGAGAAUAUUAUACGCAUACCCUUGCCUAUCAUUUAUACAUCCCUGUUUUGGCAUGAGGAUCUGCCUUUUGCCUAUAAUUUUGCCCGCAUGGGUUAUUUAAUUGGUCAUGAAAUUAUUCAUGCCUUCGAUGAAGUGGGUCGGCAGGUGGAUAUACAAGGCAAAGUCCAGGAUUUGUGGGAUGCCCAUUCUGUUGCUAAUUUUGCCAAUCGCACUCAAUGUUUCAUAGAGCAAACUCAACGAUUCUCCUACGAAGGUCAACCAUUGGCCAAGAGGUCCAAACAAAGUGAAACCAUUGCUGACAAUGGUGGCAUACGUUUGGCUUAUGAAACCUAUAGGACUUGGUUCGAAAGUGCUUUACUUCCUCAAAUUGAUCGCGACAAGGAAAUGCUACCCGCUUUGGUGUAUAAAGAUAAGCAACUGUUUUUCUUAAGCUAUGCUCAAACUUUAUGUUCUGAUAUGGUGAAGGCGACCAGAGAUAUGAUGAUUUUAACUGAUCCCCAUUUGCCUACAAGUUUGAGGGUUAAAAGUUCCCUAUUGAACUAUGAAGAAUUCGCUAACGCCUUUAUGUGUCCCAAGGGUAGUGGUAUGAAUCCAGAAGAAAAAUGUAGAAUGUACUGA